CCAACCCCCAUCCUCUCUCUCUCUCUCUCUCUCCAUCCAUCGGAAAGAAGCUGAAAAACCCUCUUCGGUUGAUGUCUUCUAUCACCAAAAAGCGCCCAAAACCGGCUUCCAAGAGCCCCAAGCCUGAACGUGAACCCAGCUUAUCUUCUUCUUCUUCACAUUCUCCGUUGAUGGAACCACCCCACAGUCUGUUUCCUUCGAAGGAAGAAUUAUUGAGACUGAUAGCAGUUCUGGCAAUCGCUUCUUCGGUAGCUUUGACAUGUAAUUUCAUAGUAAGCUACAUCAAUCCCACAACAAAGCCGUUUUGCGAUAGCAAUGUAGACUCUUCUGAUCCUUUCUCAGAUUUUUGUGAGCCUUGUCCAAAAAAUGGAGAAUGUAGUCAAGGCAAGUUGGAAUGUGCUCGUGGCUUUAGAAAGCAUAGAAACAUAUGUGUAGAAGAUGGAGAGAUUAAUGAAAGAGCUAAGAAACUUUCAGAAUGGGUGGAAAAUCGCCUUUGUGAAGCUUAUGCUCAAUUUUUGUGCCAUGGGAUGGGGAAAAUUUGGGUCCAAGAAGAUGAAAUUUGGAAUGAUUUAGAUGGACACCAACUGAUGGAAAAUUUAAUGCCAGACAGUGCUAUAAAUAUUUUUACCAAAAAGAAGGCAAUGGAAAUGCUUGGUAGUUUAUUGGAAAUGAGGACAAAUUUAUACGGGAGCAAAGAGUUGAAGUGCCCAGACUUGGUUGCAGAACAUUACAAACCAUUUAUUUGUCGCCUUCAGCAAUGGAUCUUCAAGCAUGCUUUUGUUACUUCAAUGCUUUUUGUACUCGUUGUGGCAUCCACAUUAUUACUUAGGAAAGUCCAACGUAGAUUUUACCUAUCAACCAGAAGUGAAGAGCUUUACCAUCAGGUUUGUGAGAUCCUGGGAGAGAAUGCCUUGAUGUCAAAGACAUCAAAUGUUGAACCUUGGUUGAUUGCCUCUCAGUUACGAGAUCAUCUGCUUUUGCCCAAAGAAAGGAAGGAUACAGUGUUAUGGAAAAAGGUCGAGAAGUUGGUAGAAGAAGAUUCUCGAGUAGAUCGGUAUCCUAAGCUGGUGAAGGGUGAAUCAAAAGUUGUGUGGGAAUGGCAAGUUGAAGGAUCUUGGAGUUCCGCGAGGAUGAAGAAAAAAGUUGAGGCAAGAAGAUUGAAGUCCAGUGAAGGCAUCAAACCUAGUUCUGAUCAACAAAUCCAUGCUUUGAAGUCCAAGCCCAGGACAUUGAUGUUUUGACAUGGGGCAGCUUCUUCUGAUUGAGUAUGGAUUCUCCCUAUCCAGAGCUGAAGCAACUUUAGUCUCUAGCGAGGGAAUUCUGGAGGUUUGGUCUAAGGCAUAUUUUAAAUAACAGUCGUCUAAGAUGUCUGACUAAUGUGAAGUUUGUAAGCAGACGAGUCGAAUGUUUCCUUGAUGGGAGCUUGCGUGACAUGAUCACCAUUGUGGAGCUUUUGUGAGUUUUGCUGAUUGAGUUGAGAUGCUGGGAGAGAUCCUUUAACAUCUUACGUAUCUUGGUUUCUUAAUACAGUUGGAAUAGGGGGAGGCUUUGAGGGCCAGGGAAUUCCUUGUACAUGAAGUCUGUGUUAUUCUGAAAUGUAAUUGAUAUUGUUUGCCUUUUGCAGUUAGUACUUGAAAAGCCUUUGCAUA